AUAACUUCCAACACAACCGCCGCUUCCUGGCCGGCCCAGGCAGGAGCCUCAGGCCGCGCUCCACACUGAACCGUUAUCCGCAUAUUAUCAUCAUCCACCGGUGAGGAAACGCAGCUCCGCCGCUCAGUCUGUGUGGAGCUGCCGCCGUCAUGAGUCAAUGAAAAGGCUGAAACCUAAAACAUCCUCCCGGGACACGCUGCCGCGUCGGGGCUGGAACGAGGUGCAGUCUGAGGCGUGGUGAUGGUGUUGGACUCAGGGGAAGUCUUCAUGGAUCAGGUUGAGGGUAAGAGCGUCGGGAGCAGCAGGGACCUGUUGGAGCCAGGCAACCGAACCCCCAAAACCACCGCCGCGAAGCCCAGAUCGCCGGCCAAAAGGAGCAAUGUCGCCAAGAAGGAGAAGGUGUCCCACAACGGACUACCGGCCCAGACAAACAGCGAAAAGGUAGUAGAGAGGAGGUCGUCAUCGUCAUUAAAAGGCGGUGCCACGCCCAGGCCGCCGCUCCGCCGCCCUCUCAGCCUGGAGAUGACGCCCCAGCGCCUGCGGGGGUCUCAGGAGCAGAUGGCGGACAGGCGGAUUGUGCAGCCUCCUUGGCGCAGCGGUUCGGCCGCCCCCUCGCCCCCGGCUCGCAGCCUGACCAGCCCCAGCCUGGGAGCGGGCGGCUGGAUGCGCCGCAGUGAGAGCACCUGCUCUGUCAACUACUUGCGGGCCGGAAGGGGCCAAAUGCGCCCGGCCACCUCCCUGCCACACAUCGCUAAGGGGACGGGGAGCACGACGCUGCCUACUUCCUCCAGGCCCUGUCUGCUGGUGGCCCUCAGGCCUCUUAACCUGGAGCAGGAGAAGCAGACUUUCUUCCAGUCCGACUACAAGUACGAGCCGCAGUUUGAAUACGCUCAGCCUGAGCCGAGGAGCGUGCUGGAGAAGUACAGAGAGGGCUCAGGCCUCUUCCUGGAACAGGCAGUCGGGAUCAUGGAGUGCGUCCUGAAGAAGUUUGUCUCCUAUGAGAACUUCGAGGAAGUGACGGGUGGCAACGUGCUCCCUAAAAGUCAGGUCUGGGCUGCUGUGCGCAAAUAUCUGCAGAAAGAAGGCUGCGUGGGAGAGGUUGUGGUGCGUCUGUCUGACGAGCUGCUGUCUCAGGCGGUGAUGGUGGUGGAGAGCUGUCGUCCCACUCUGACCAUCAACCUGGCCGGAGCUCGACAGCACUGGCUGGAGGGGAUGCUGAGACAUGAAAUAGGUACGCAUUAUCUGCGAGGAGUGAACAACAAUCAGCAGCCGUGGGCCACUACAGAAGGCAGGAAGCAGUUCGGCCUCAAACCGGCCAAUCCCACGGAGGAGGGCCUGGCCAGCCUGCACAGCGUGUUGCUACGGAAACAGCCCUACCUGUGGCGCGCGGCUCUGCUGUACUACACGGUGUACCACGCCACCAGCAUGAGCUUCAGCCAGCUCUUCAGUCACAUCGCACGCUUCGUCCAGGACCCAGACGUCCGCUGGGAGUACUGUCUGCGAGCCAAGAGGGGACAGACGGACACCUCGCAGCCUGGCUGCUUCAGUAAAGACCAGGUCUACCUGGACGGGAUCCUUCGGAUUCUUCGGCAUCGAAGGAACAUUGACUUCAAGAUGUUGACCUCCUUAGGCAAGGUGUCUUUUGAAGAUGUGGAGAGGCUUCGGCACCUGGCUGUGCUCAACAGGACCAGAAUCCCGCACUUCAUGCGAGACCAGGAGCGGUACCUGCAACACCUGGAUCACAUCGUCGCCGUAAACGAACUGGACGAUUCAUCGCUGCAAGAACUGCUGCCCUGAUCUCCCUGCACCACCUGAAGCCGGAGGAAGAACCGGAGGCCGUUGAGGACGAACAUGAGAUCUUUAUCCGACACAACGUUACCUGGUCGUAGUUGUCCUGGCCAUGAAAAAACGGUUCCUUCAGAAAGAUCAUGCUGGCCAACAUACAGCCUAGACUCCACAUGUCCAAACUAUAGUCAUACAUCUGGAGGGAAAAAAGAGGAUAAAA